AUGGCAGCAGUAGCAUCUUCACACAAGUCGUCCACCCAGCCGCGCGACGAGGAGAACGCGGCGGAGUACAAUACCGGAGGAUACCUCCAAGUCAAGGUCGGCGACAGCUUUAAGGACGGCCGGUACGCAAUCGUACGCAAGUUAGGAUGGGGUCACUUUUCCACCGUCUGGCUCGUUCGCGAUAGCAAAGAACAACGCCACUGCGCGCUCAAAGUCGUCAAGUCUGCCAGCCGCUACGCCGAGACGGCACGGGACGAGAUUAAACUUCUCAAACAGAUCCAAGACACAUCGCCCGCGCACCAUGGUCGCGCGCAUGUCGUCUCCUUCCUCGAUUCAUUCUCGCAUACUGCACCGAGCGGGCAGCAUGUGUGCAUGACGUUCGAGCCGCUAGGCGAGAACUUGCUGGCUUUGAUCGAGAAGAAUAGGCGUAAGGGCGUUGCGCCGUGUUUGGUGAAAUGCAUCGCGCGCCAGUUGUUGCUUGGGUUGCAGUACUUGCACGAAGAGUGCGAUCUUGUGCACACUGAUAUCAAGCCGGAGAACAUCCUCAUGUCCAUCCCAGAUGUGGAGGCGCACAUCGCCGACGAGCUCUCCAGCAGCCCGACACCGCAAACCUACAAACUCGCCAUCCCGCCCGCAGCACGCAGGCGAUCCUCCGCUCUCCCAUCACACGCCCUCAACACCAAUGCCAAGUCUGUGCAGAUCUGUGAAUCCCAGCCGCUCCGCUCGCCUUCGCGCACACACCUACUAUCCUCCUCAUCCUCCGGCUCAAUCUCCUCCCUCGCUUUCACACCACGCAGCCCCGUCUCCGCCGGCGCCGGUACAGCGCUCACUACGCCCAGUACGAGCCUUGGCAGCGCAAUGAGCAAGCUCAAGCUCAGCCCGCCUGCACCACCACAAUCGUCCGACGAUGACGAGCGCAAUAUGCCCACCGUCGUCGAAGUCGAAGUCCCCGCCGCAACACCCGGCCCCGUACCCGUCGCCGGACCCUCCUUACUAUCCCAAACCGCACCCACAAGACAAGCGCGCAGCGCAUCGCGAGCCAAUAGCGCCGAGCCCGCUUCCCGCGACAGCAGCUUAAGCUCAUCGUCCACUGCCUUCAGCUCCGUAUCAUCCGCCGGCAACUCCCAGCCCAUCGCAGAGGCGUUCUCACCAUGUAGCAUCAAGAUCGCCGAUCUCGGUAACGCGACGCCCAGCACGCGGCAUUAUACGGAGGAUAUCCAGACGAGGCAGUAUCGGUCUCCUGAGGCAAUUCUGGGGAGGAGCGAUUGGGGCGCGGCGGUGGACGUGUGGAGCGCGGCGUGUGUCGUUUUCGAGCUGUUGACGGCGGAGUAUCUGUUCGAGCCGCAAGGGCAGGGCACGCUGUUCAGCAAGGACGACGACCAUAUGGCGCAGAUUAUCGAGCUGCUCGGUGAGCUGGCGCCGGAGGUUAGGAACGGCGGGCGGUACAGCCGCGAGCUGUUCGACUCGAACGGGCAGCUGCGGUAUAUCAAGCAUUUGAAGCCGUGGCCGCUGAGCAGGGUGAUGAGGGAGAAGUACCUGUUUGCGCCGAACGAUGCGGACGCGCUGUGUGCGUUUUUGGAGCCGAUGCUUAUGACGGACUUCAGGGCGCGGGUUAGUGCUGGUGAGGCGGCUAGGCAUCCGUGGUUGGAUGUGGACUGGGAGAGGGAGAUUGGGCAGUUGGAGAAGGUCAAUUGGUAG